CACUCACACAAGCACAUCACCAGCAUGCCAGAAUCACCACGCCUCGCCUGGAUCGGCCUGGGCAACAUGGGCCGCGGAAUGGUCAAGAACAUCGUCGAGAAAGGGUCGCACUCCGGUCCGGUACUCAUCUACAACAGAACCGCCGCUCGAGCUGAGAAACUCGUCGAGACGCUCCCCUCGGGAAAGGCAAAGGUAGUCACGUCCAUCGAGGAAGCCGUCAAGGGAGCCGACAUCAUCCUCGCGUGUGUGUCCAACGACGCAGCGAUCGAGGAGACCUUCAACGCUGCUCUUGCCGUGCCGGAGUCGAAGGGAAAGCUCUUCGUUGACUGCUCGACCGUGCACCCGGACACGACAAACAAGCUUGCGAAGACGAUCAACGAUGCCGGAGCGGAGUUCGUGGCUUGCCCAGUGUUCGGCGCGCCGCCAAUGGCCGAGUCGGGACAAUUGGUCUGCGUCCUCGCCGGACCAAAAGCACAAGUCGACAAAGUCCUUCCGUUCUGCAAGGGUGUCAUGGGAAGGGCAGAGAUCAACUACUCCGAUCAACCGCACGGCGCAGCCACCCGACUGAAGAUCGUGGGCAACACUUUCAUCCUUGCCAUGAUCGAAGCUCUUUCAGAAGGCCACGCGCUCGCCGAGAAGAGCGGCCUAGGCGUAGAGAAUCUGCACUCGUUCAUCGAGACGAUGUUCCCGGGCCCUUAUACAGCGUAUUCAAAUCGACUGAGGACAGGGGACUACUACAGCCGUGAGGAGCCUGCGUUCUCCGCGGAGUUGGCGAGGAAGGAUGCUGGUCAUGCGAGAGCACUGGCCGAGAGCUGUGGGGUGAAGAUGAAGGGGCUGGAGGUCUCAGAUGCGCAUUUGAAGAUGGUUGUUGAUCAUCAAGGCGCGAAGGGAGACAUUGCGGGGAUUUAUGGUGCGGUGAGGCAGGAGAGCGGAUUGAAAUUCGAGAACAAGUGA